AUGACCGCACCCGCUACCGACUUUCCUUUUGCGAAAGAUCUCAAAGAUCUUCAUCUCGUGUAUGACUACAAUGCCCACGACGCGCAGGGCAAGCCUGAAAAGUGGCGCUAUGAGAUCUGGUUCUUCAGCGAAGAUCGCGUCGUCUACAAGAUCCACGGUGGUCCGAUGGCCGGCCGAACCAACUUCCAGACAUGUAGCUUUCAAUGCAUCAGACCAGGCGAGCUGUGGCAGUGCAACUGGCUCGAAGCCAUCCCCGCAGAGACGGGGACUGUCGUCUCCCUCGUCUACGACAUUCCCAAGAAACGGAUAACGACGCUUCUCGCUUUCUCCAAAGGUAUUGUUAUUGCUGGGGGCACUCUCCCUUUGGACGUAGGCGACCAGAUCGCUGACGGGGGCGAUUGCAAGGUCACUGGGAGAAUGCGGAAGCGGCACACGGGGAUAAAAGAAACCCGGCGGAUCUCGAGAGGUGGCGCGGUCUGGCGCGCAUUGGCAUUCAGACGGACAGGCAUAUGCUCCCGGAACAGGCUGAUCUUGUGGAUAUCUUCAGGGGCAAGGAGUCACCCUAAAAGCGGCGAUUUUGGGUGGGAGAUUUUGACCUUUUCCUCCUCCUCUUCGGGUGCCAAGAGAAAUGCCCGACGGGACAAUCACAGCAAAACUAGCGACGACAUUCCAUUCCCUCGUCCCCAACGACGUCCCCCUUCCUUCCCAUCAUUAAAAGCCCUUCAAAUGUUCCCCCGCCUCCGCACCCCCAUCCUCCAAAACACCGGCUCCACGGCGCGCGACCACCUCGCUUCCGAACGGACCUUCCUCGCCUGGCUCCGCACCGGUCUCGGCUUCGUAGCCCUGGGCAUCGCAAUCGAGAGAUUCGGCCAGCUCGACCCCGUCCCCACCCCGGCAGCCAAGGGCAAGGGUGGACAUCCCAAGAAGGACCAGAGCGAGGGCCUCGUGCGGGGACUGUUGGCGACGGGGAGCGGGAGCAUCGCGUACGGCACGGCGAGAUACUUUUCCAACAUGAGGAUGCUGGAGAAGGGAUCGUACAAGCCGAGUCUGUACGGCGCGGGCGCGUUGAGCCUGGCCGUGGUCGGGUUGACGGGGGCGGCGUGUUGGGAGAUUGUGAGGGGGAGGCGGGAGGAGGGGGAGGAUUGA